GGUAGAAGUAUAAUUUUAAAAAGUAGUCUUAACUAGGAGAGAGAGUGUGAAUAUAUGUAUAAUAAGAGGCGCGUAAACGGGCAAUGGGAUUCUGUAACGGCGUUGUGAACAUAGCCAUCAAAUCAGAGAAAAAGAGAGAGAAAGGGAAAGAGAAGGAAGAAAAAGAGAGAGAAAGAGCUGGUUUUCGUUUUGUUUUCUCACUUUAUUAUUACUAUUAUUGCAAGUUUUCUGGGAGCCAUUUAACUCUACAAUAUACAAGAAGCAGAAGAAUAAAAGUUGGGUUUUUUUCACAUUAAUUUGCGGUUCUAUUUUCAGUUACAAACGUUUCAAAUUGUGAAAGGUUGCAGCUUUAAUUACAGCAAAGCAAUAAUAAUAGCAGUGAAUAAUAAUGCUAUGAGUAUUUAUUGAUUCAGAAUCGGAGUUUUUGUGGGGAAAAUUUUCUGGGUUCUUCUUUUUAGUUAUUACCCUUUUGAGUUUUGACACAUCUCUAAGAUUUGGUGGAAAGAUAUGGCAAAUAGUUUAGCAUUUGGUCAGCCUAAUAUGUCUCCUUCUGGUGGAGGUGAUGUUCUGUACCCAGAACUGUGGAAGGCUUGUGCAGGUCCAUUGGUAGAAAUUCCACGUGUUGGGGAAAAGGUUUACUAUUUUCCUCAAGGUCAUAUGGAACAAUUGGAAGCUUCCACAAAUGAGGAAUUAAAUCAGAGAAUACAUAUGUUUAAUCUUCCAUCAAAGAUCUUAUGUAAUGUGAUUAAUGUUCUUCUACUGGCUGAAAAAGAAACUGAUGAAGUUUAUGCUGAAAUCACUUUAACCCCUGAAGCAGAUCAAACUGAACGACUUAAGCCUGAUCCUUGCCCACCUGAGCCCCCUAGACCGGCAAUUAGAUCCUUUUCGAAGGUCUUAACUGCAUCUGAUACAAGUACUCAUGGCGGUUUCUCGGUUCUUCGUAAACACGCAAACGAAUGCCUUCCUCCAUUGGAUAUGACCCAACAAACUCCGACUCAAGAGUUGUCGGCCGAAGAUCUUCAUGGUUAUCCUUGGCGUUUUAAGCAUAUCUUCAGAGGCCAACCUCGGAGGCAUUUGUUAACAACUGGAUGGAGUCAUUUUGUGACUUCUAAGAGAUUAGUUGCUGGCGAUUCCUUUGUUUUUCUAAGAGGAGAACUCGGUGAAUUGCGAGUUGGAGUUCGUCGUGUUGCUCGUCAGCAGAGCAGCAUGCCCUCGUCUGUGAUAUCUAGUCAGAGCAUGCACCUCGGGGUACUUGCUACCGCAUCCCAUGCUGUAACCGCUAAUACCUACUUUGUGGUCUAUUAUAAGCCAAGGAUGAGUCAGUUCAUCAUAGGAUUGAACAAAUAUUUGGAGUCGGUCAACAAUGGUUUUAAAGUUGGCAUGAGGUUCAAGAUGAGAUUUGAAGGGGAGGAUACUCCGGAAAGAAGGUUUACGGGUACAAUCGUUGGUGUUGAUGAUCUCUCGCCCCAGUGGAAGAAUUCAAGAUGGCGAUCAUUGAAGGUUCAAUGGGACGAGUCCACCACAAUUAUGAGACCGGAUAGGGUUUCUCCAUGGGAGAUCGAACCUUUCGGGUCUUCUGUCCCUUUAGAUACUAGUGAUCCUGUUGUAAAGCACAAGAAGCCUCGGCCGUCUAUGGAUAACCCUGGCCAUGCAGCCAUGUCGGUUAACGAUUCAACACCAUGGAAUCCUUCUCCUGACAUUAUUCAGGGGGAAGUUGAGGAUUGUAAAAUUGGAACUGCUAGGUCUGUUUUCACCGGAUAUGUGACCCCAAAGCCAACGAAACAAAGCAGCGUUUCAAUCGAAAAUGGGAAGAAAACCGAGACUGUUCCAAGUUAUCGGCUGUUUGGUAUCGACCUCAUGCAACCAUCAACACCUGCUUCUCGAGAGGAAGAUUCUGUGCAAGAAUUAAAUGGAACUGGUGGCCACACCGAGGAAACGGUCCCUAGCUUGGAAUCGGUUGCUGAUUCUGAGCAGAAAUCAGAUCUUUCCAAGGCUUCUCAAGAUAAGAAAAUGGUGCUACAAUUGGCUUCAACGAGAGAUAUUCCGAGCAAGCAUUCUUCUACCAGAAGUCGGACCAAGGUACAAAUGCAAGGUGUUGCGGUUGGUCGGGCUGUCGAUUUAACCACAUUGGAAAACUACAACGAGCUUUUCGAUGAAUUAGAGAAACUCUUUGAUAUAAAGGGUGAACUAAGACCCCGAGACAAAUGGGAAAUUGUAUUUACAGACAAUGAGGGCGAUGUGAUGCUUGUUGGCGAUGAUCCCUGGCCUGAAUUCUGUAGUAUGGCGAAAAGAAUCUAUAUAUGUUCAAGCCAAGAAGUAAAGAAAAUGAGUCCCGGAAGCAAAUUACCUCCAUGUUCAUUAGAAGGCGAUGGAAUCGUUCUAAGCGCCGAAGAUUCCGGGAAUUGAAGAUCAUGGGCAAACAUCCCAAGACCCUGAUCAUAGUUUUUCAUAAGUGGGAUAUACCAGAUAUGAUGAUGUGGCAAACAACAUAUCUCCUUCAUGGAUGGGUCAUGUUUAUUUAGUAAAUUCAUUCAUUAUGAUGAAAUGGAAACUGUUAAAAGGAAUUAUUAGUGGUAAUGUGGUGAGGUUAGAGGAAAAGUAAGAGUUUUCUUUUUUGUUGGCAACUCACUUUUAGGGCUUUUUAUUGAUAACUUGGUAGGGUAGUCUUAAAAGCCAACUACUAAAGUUGGUUUUUUUAAGUGUUAAAAAUGAAAAUUAAGAGCAUCAGGGUGACUAGUGGAGACUGGAGAGGGGGAAGAUGCUAGCUUUGUUUAUUUAUAAUAGAAUGAUGUGAAUAUAUAAAUGUCGGCCAUGUUUUAUGGCUCUCUGUCUUUCUUCCCCAUUUGGCUUGUAAAUAAUAGUGGACUACUUGGCUUUGUCAUUUUAUUUCACGGAAACCCCUAACCCCACUUAUGUAACUAGGAUCCCACUUUUAUCUUUGCAAAAAUCCUUAUUUUUGUUGUAGUGAAAUUGCUACUUUCUUUGUCUUCA